AUGUCUCAAUCAGGUGUUGAGGUUUCGGCAGAAUGCAUCAGCGUCUUCAACGACUUGAAGCUCGCUAAAAAGAUCAAGUUUAUCAUCUACAAGCUGUCCGACGACUACAAGAAGAUCGUUGUUGAGGAGUCGAGCGAGAAUGGUGACUGGGAUACCUUCCGCGAGAAGCUCAUCAAUGCUCAGAGCAAGAACAAGAUGGGAAUGGUUGGCAAGGGUCCAAGAUACGCCGUCUAUGACUUCAACUACGACCUCUCAUCUGGCGAGGGUACAAGAAGCAAGAUCACAUUUAUCGCAUGGUCCCCAGAUGAUGCUGAAGUCCAGCCCAAGAUGAUCUACGCCUCUUCCAAGGAUGCUCUGAAGCGCGCGCUGAAUGGUAUUGCUACUGAAUUCCAGGCCAACGACGAGGAUGAUAUCGAGUACCAGUCCGUUCUCAACAAGGUCAGCAAGGGAUUGGCCUAA